AUGGUGCUCCGGCCUGAUGACGCAGGGGAUAUCCAGCCUCCGUCCCGUCAUGACACUCCAAGGCAGAGAAUGAGAUCCGGCACUAGCUCGCCGAAAAAGGAGAGAUCGAGGUCGUCGGCCAAAGAUGUCUCGGAGCUCACUGACUAUCAACUGGGCGAUUGCCUUGGAAAGGGGGCCUUUGGCUCCGUGUACAGGGCGUUGAAUUGGGGGACUGGAGAAACCGUUGCCGUCAAGCAGAUUCGACUGGUAGACCUCCCGAAGAGUGAACUGAGGGUUAUUAUGCAAGAGAUAGAUUUACUGAAGAACCUCGAUCAUCCGAAUAUCGUCAAGUACCACGGAUACUGUGAAAAUGGAUCCCUACAUACAAUAUCAAAGAAUUUCGGACGAUUCCCCGAAAACCUCGUCGCUCUCUAUAUGUCACAAGUUUUAUCAGGACUCCUCUACCUUCACGAACAAGGUGUUAUCCACCGCGAUAUUAAAGGCGCGAACAUCCUUACCACAAAACAAGGCUUGGUCAAGCUCGCCGACUUUGGUGUUGCCAGCCGUACUACGGGUUUACAUGAAUCGAGUGUCGUCGGAACCCCAUAUUGGAUGGCACCUGAGGUGAUAGAACUCUCGGGUGCUACUACUGCCUCGGAUAUCUGGAGCCUUGGAUCUACUGUCAUUGAGUUGUUAGAAGGAAAACCGCCAUAUUACAAGUUCCAGCCCAUGCAAGCCCUGUUUCGUAUUGUUAAUGAUGACCACCCUCCAUUGCCACAAGGGGCAUCACCGGCUGUGAAAGACUUCCUUAUGCAGUGCUUCCAGAAAGAUCCAAAUCUUCGCGUAACGGCCCGCAAACUUCUGAGACACCCUUGGAUUAUGAAUGCUAAACGUUCCGAUUCUAUUGUUCCAACAAAAUAUACUGAAUACGAGGAGGCUGUCAAAAGUGUUCAAGAAUGGAAUGAAGCUCUCCGAUCCCCAAACCCGAAUACUCUCCGACGGCCCAUUCGAUCUGGAUAUGCUAGCCCUGGACAACCCCAAAGAAAUAGCUCGCAUUCACGCCAGUCUUCUUCUCGCGAUUCCCUUCCAGCUAUAAAUACAACUGUUGCAGAUAAGACCUGGUCUCCAGAGAACAAUAAUGACAACUGGGACGACGAUUUUGCAUCAGCCGUUUCACCAAGUGCGCUCCAGUGCCCACGUUUAAAACCGCAAGACAAUUUCGGUGGCAUGCUGUCUUCGGAGAAGCUAAAGGCUUUUGCUUCCCUUGAAAAUAUUGCUGAUUUUAGGGCCGAUAGGCUUACCGAAAGCGACUCAUCAGGCAAAGAGAGAAAUGCCUUAUCUGAUUCUGACCCACUACAGACAAUUCGUCCAUAUGCACGAAAGAAAGCUAAUGAACCGCAAAGCGCGCCGAAACUUCCAAGGCGGACACGGCACCGACAUGUCCCCACACCGUCAUUCAAAAAGAACGCAAUAAUUACUCCCAUAUCUCGAGGGUCUCCCAAACCUGCCGGCCAGCCUCGAUCGGCUGCUUUUUAUAGAGAAAACUCCGAUGAGGAUUAUUCGGAUCUUAUCGCUGCGAAUGAAGAAGUGCUAGAGAGGAAGCUCGCUGUUGUUCCGGGAAACAUUUCAGAUGACGCAACUACUCCAGCCCACGAAGUCAAUGACUCUUCUGACUUGAGCACCACAACGGCUCACUCGCCUGAGAAAAGCGUAUUUCAGUUUCCGGCGAGGAGAAGAAAAGCGCCACUCACACGCGCCCGAACAUCAAUCGGUAUUGAAAUAUAUGCUGAAGACGAAACUGAUGAGGAUUUCUCAGACAUACUUGGAAACGAUGAGGAUACGCUCGUGAGGCUUGAUAGCGACGGCGCAUCGGACUGUGGUAGCAGUUUAAUGCUAAAUUCCAAACUAUCCAGCAGCUCAUGGUUGGGUGAUGUGGACGAUGAAGAUGACCCCUUUGCACAGCUUGAAGAGGGGUUGGACGAAAUGGAUCUUGAAGCUAAUAUUGCUAGAGAUAAAUAUGCACGACUUCGGAAUCAAGUUGAGGGUCUGGUCAGUUCGCUGAAGACCUCACAAGAUGACGAGGUAUUGGCGGACAUUUCGGAACAAUUGGUAAUGGUUUUCUCUGAUUUACCUGAAACAAAAAACGUAAUCAUUGGCGCUCACGGCAUGUUGCCCAUACUGGAAAUACUCGAUACGUGCCGUCGGAGGGACGUUAUAUCUAAUCUCCUCAAAAUUGUCAACUCUAUUAUUUUCAAUGAUUUUGAAGUUCAGGAGAACCUAUGUUUCGUGGGUGGAAUUCCGAUUAUCAAUAAGUUUGCGUCAAAGAAAUACCCACGAGAGAUUCGUCUCGAAGCCGCUGCUUUUGUUCAGCAGAUGUAUCAGACCUCGACGUUGACCCUCCAAAUGUUUGUCAGCGCAGGAGGACUCAAUGUCUUAGUUGAAUUCCUAGAGGACGACUAUGAAGACGAGAGAGAUCUCGUUCUGAUUGGCGUUAACGGCAUCUGGAGUGUAUUCGAACUCCAAGGGUCCACGCCAAAGAAUGAUUUUUGCCGUAUUUUGUCUCGAAAUUCGGUCCUGGAUCCACUCUCUUUAGUUUUGAGCAGGGUUUUGGAUGAGGAAGAGGGUGAAAUGGCUGAACUAUGCGAAGGACGUAUCGCGAAUAUCUUCCAUAUAUUCUCACAGGCCGAAAGUCAUGUAAAAGAGAUGGUAGCCGAGAGAACUGUUCUGCAUCGGGUUCUCAAGGAACUGAAACGGAUGUCCCCUACACCCCAGAUCACGAUGCUGAAGUUCAUCAAGAAUUUGUCAAUGCUGUCGACAACCCUUGAGGCGCUUCAGAAUUCAAACGCUAUCGACGUCCUCACGGACCUACUGCGCUCCACCAUGAAGGGUCCCCAUUUCCGUGAAGUUUCGAACCAAGUUUUAAAUACAAUAUAUAACAUGUGUCGUCUGAGCAAGUCGCGACAGGAGGACGCGGCACUCAAUGGGAUAAUACCGCUUCUGCAGAAGAUUGUCAAAACCGAGCGACCCUUAAAGGAGUUUGCUCUGCCUAUUCUUUGUGAUAUGGCACAUUCUGGCAGAGUCGGCAGGCGGGAACUCUGGCGAAACAAGGGCUUGGCUUUCUAUAUAUCUUUACUCUCGGAUCCGUAUUGGCAGGUCACUGCCCUUGAUGCUAUUUUCAGCUGGCUGCAAGAAGAAACAGCCAAAGUUGAGGAACACUUACUCGAUGACCGUAACGGCGAGCCUCCCUUCACGAUUGCGAUACUUCGCUGCAUCACAAUAUCGAAGGCAAACGCGUUUGAGAACCUUCUUGAACCUCUUCAAAAACUACUGAGACUGAGUCCAGCAGUUGCAGCAACACUCGCCAGGCCGGAUAUGUUUGAACGUAUUGGCCAGAAACUACACCAUCCAAAGCCGGCUGUGCGGGUGAACUUGCUGCGUAUCCUAUCGACCAUCUGCGAUGCUUGCGAAGAAGGAUUUGGUCUUCUCAGUCAAGAUGGGUUGCUGGAUGCCAUUCGAGAGCUCCAAAAGGAUUCUCGUGUCCUUGUGCGGGAACUAGCUUCUCAAUUAGUGAAGUCCAGUGAAGAAAGUGAUCAUAUGAACAGCCAAAAGCGACGGUCAACAAGGACAGGAAGUUCGUCCAUCACACCACCAAGCCUGAUGUCUAGCCAUUCGAUGCCUGCUACACCACAAGUCAGCCGAUCUGGAGGAUCAAAAUUCUACAUAGAUGGAAGAGACAACCUUCAUCCGUCGAAUGGGAUCAAUGGCUCACUGGUUCUAAGACCCGGAAGUCGGGAUGGCAGAACACCGACUCCGAGCGGCAUGCCCAAGCCCCGGCUAGUGCAUCGAUUAUCGCAACAGAUCACACCCAUGACGCAGCAAAAGGAAGAGGGGGGCAGGACACCUACUUCGGCGAGAGCGCCAUCUUUCCUUCAGUCGCGCCGAAGAAGGCCGACAAAUGGCGGCGGGCCGGAGUGGGCAUGA